CGGUGACGUGGGGCGGUCCCGGCGCGGCGGAUCGCGGCCAUGCAGCGGCUCCCCGCGGCCCCGCGCCGCUGACCGCCGGCCCCGCCGCCAUGAACUUCGCGGGCGGCGCCGGCUCGAGCCCGCAGCCGCAGGGCCUGGCGGCGCCGGGCGGGCCGGUGCCGGUGCCGGUGCCUGGUCCCGCGGGGCCGCAGCCGGGGCCGCCGCCGCCGCAGUUCGGGCUGUCCAACUCGGCGGCGAUCCGGGCGGAGAUCGGGCGCUUCGAAUCCGUCCAUCCCAACAUCUACGCCAUCUACGACCUCAUCGAGCGCGUGGAGGACCUGGCGCUGCAGAGCCAGAUCCGCGAGCACGUCAUCUCUAUCGAGGAUUCAUUUGUGAACAGCCAGGAAUGGACCCUGAGCCGCUCGGUGCCUGAGCUGAAGGUGGGCAUCGUGGGGAACCUGUCCAGCGGGAAGUCGGCUCUGGUGCACCGCUACCUGACUGGCACCUACGUGCAGGAGGAGUCUCCGGAGGGUGGCCGAUUCAAGAAGGAGAUAGUUGUGGAUGGGCAGAGCUACCUGCUGUUGAUCCGAGAUGAAGGUGGCCCCCCCGAACUCCAGUUUGCCGCUUGGGUCGAUGCUGUGGUGUUUGUCUUCAGCCUGGAGGAUGAGAUCAGCUUCCAGACGGUUUACAACUACUACCUGCGGCUCUGCAGCUACCGGAACACUGCGGAGGUGCCGAUGGUGCUGGUGGGCACUCAGGAUGCCAUCAGCGCCACGAACCCCCGGGUUAUUGACGAUUCUCGGGCGCGGAAGCUUUCCAAUGAUUUGAAGCGCUGCACUUACUACGAGACCUGUGCCACCUAUGGAUUGAACGUGGAGAGAGUCUUCCAGGAUGUGGCUCAGAAGGUGGUGGCUCUACGGAAGAAGCAGCAGCUUUCCAUUGGUCCCUGCAAGUCCCUGCCCAACUCACCCAGCCAUUCAUCCGUCUCUGCGGCCUCCAUCCCUUCUGUUCACAUCAACCAGGCCACCAACGGCGGAGGAGCCUUCAGUGACUACUCCUCCUCCGUGCCCUCCACCCCCAGCAUCAGCCAGCGGGAGCUGCGGAUCGAGACCAUCGCUGCCUCCAACACACCCACCCCGAUCCGCAAGCAGUCCAAGCGGCGCUCCAACAUCUUCACGUCUCGAAAGGGCGCAGAUCCGGAGCGGGAGAAGAAGGUUCUGGAGUGCAAAGCAGACAGUAUCGGCAGCGGGCGUGCCAUUCCCAUGAAGCAGGGCAUCCUCCUCAAGCGCAGCGGAAAGUCCCUCAACAAGGAGUGGAAGAAGAAGUACGUGACACUGUGCGACAACGGAGUCCUCACCUACCACCCCAGCCUGCACGAUUACAUGCAGAACGUGCAUGGGAAGGAGAUCGAUUUGCUGCGGACCACAGUCAAGGUGCCAGGCAAGCGGCUCCCCAGGGCAACCACGGCAGCGGCGCCCGGCACGAGCCCCAAAGCCAACGGGCUCGCCAAGGAGCGGAGCAGCACACAGCUGGCUGGCGGCACAGGUGCUCCCCACUCGACCAGCAGCACCUCCCUGCACUCUGAGCGCUCCAUCAGCGGCAUCAACCUGGUGGGCUUCAGCUCCAAGCCCGAUGGGAUGCACCAGCGGUCGUACUCUGUCUCCAGCGCGGAUCAGUGGAAUGAGGCUGUGGCCAUCCCCGGCAGCUGCCCCAACCCUGCUAACGGUACCGCCGAUUCCCUCAGCUCCAGCCCCAAUGUCUCCAGUGCUGCCAGCCCGAAGCUGGAACCGCCUCCAUCACCGCACGCCAACAGGAAGAAGCAUCGCAGGAAAAAGAGCACAGGGACGACGCGGCCUGAUGGACCCAGCGCGGCAGCGGAAGAGCCGGAUGAGCCGUUUGAGUUUAUCAUCGUGUCCCUGACGGGGCAGACAUGGCUCUUCGAGGCCUCAACGUCGGAGGAGCGGGAGCUUUGGGUCCAGGCCAUCGAGAGCCAAAUCCUGGCCAGCCUGCAGGGCUGUGAGAGCAGCAAAAACAAGGCUCGUCUGGGCAGCCAGAGCGAUGCCCAGGCCAUGCAGGCCGUCCGCACUGCCCGUGGGAACAGCUUCUGCGUGGACUGCGAUGCUCCAAAUCCAGACUGGGCAAGCCUGAACCUGGGCUCCCUCAUGUGUAUCGAGUGCUCCGGGAUCCAUCGCAACUUGGGCACCCACCUGUCCCGCGUGCGCUCCCUGGACCUGGACGACUGGCCAGGCGAGCUCCUCAUGGUCAUGACGGCCAUUGGCAACGCCCUGGCCAACACCGUCUGGGAAGGCGCAGUGGAAGGAUAUCCCAAACCCACCCCCGAGAGCAGUCGGGAGGAGAAGGAGCGCUGGAUCCGGGCCAAGUACGAGCAGAAGCUCUUCCUGGCUCCGCUGCCGCAGUCGGACAUCCCGCUGGGGCAGCAGCUGCUGCGGGCCGUGGUGGAGGAUGACCUGCGCCUCGUGGUGAUGCUCCUGGCCCAUGGCACCAAGGAGGAGGUGAAUGAGACCUACGGGGAUGGCGAUGGGCGCACGGCACUGCACCUCUCCUGCGCCAUGGCCAACGUCGUCUUCACGCAGCUACUCAUCUGGUACGGCGUGGACGUGAAGAGCCGGGACGCUCGGGGCCUGACCCCACUGGCCUACGCCCGGCGAGCUGGCAGCCAGGAGUGCAUCGACAUCCUGCUGCAGCACGGAUGCCCCGGCGACAGUGCCGUCACCACGCUGACCCCCAGCCUACCCCGCCGCAAUGCCAAUGCCAACAACAAUGCCGCGGUGCCAGCCGAGUUUGGCUCCAGCCCCAGCGCUCUCUGACUCCUCACCAGGCCUCCCGCUCGCUGCAUGGCCACCUUCCAGCCCAGCUGGGGACCAGGGCUGCAGGAGCGGGUCGGUGAGCGGCACAGCUGGGACACCCACUGUGCUCUUUCCGCACCAGGACCCCUGUUCCGACCAGGAGGAGAUUGAGGGGCCAGCACCCUGCUCCUCUGCACCAGUUCCUGUUGCUGCUGGGAGGAGGUUGGGGAGCCAACACCCCACUCUUCUGUGCUGAUUCCUGUCCCUGAUCCGGAUGGAAGGAGAUUCAGGAGCUGGCACCCCACUCCUCUGCAUCGGUUCCUGUCCCUCUUCUGGCUGGGAGGAGGUUUGGGAGCCAGCACCUCUCUCCCCUGUGCUGGUUCCUAUCCCUGUUCCAGCUGGGAGGAUGUUUAGGAGCUGGCACCCCACUCCUCCGUGCCAGUUCCUUUGGAAUCUUCCCCUGCAGCUUGCGCAGGGGCCCCCUCAUAGUCUCUGGGUUGCAGGGGCUCCGGUACAUCCUGUUCCCACGAUCGGUACAGCGGGAGGAGAGGCGUUUUGCCCAUGCCCCCUCCACCACAAACCCAUGUAGAUAAUUGAGGGACUCAGCCGGUACUGCGGAGGGUGAUGGCUGCGCCCACUCUCCCACCCAGCAGGGCGGUUUAGGCACUUCCCUCCUUCCCUUUCCAGCCUUGCUGUGCAUCCCAAUGCAGUGGGGGCAGCAGGAGGUUCUGCCAUAUCCCAGUGCAGUCACGGGGGGGGGGGGGGGGGGGGGGGGGAGGGCAGCAGGAGGUGCCCAUGUGCCCCCACAUCCCUGUGCAUUGGGCAGGUGGAGGGCAGCAGGAGGUGCCCCCAUAUCCUGAUGCAGUGGGGAGAUGGAAGGCAGCAGGAGGUGCCCCCAUGCUCACUGCAUUCUGAUGCUCCUCUCUGCUUCCAGCCAGAGCAGGGAGAGAUCCCCUUGUUGGUCCAGCUCCCCACGUACGGAUUCAAAGCAUCCUUGGACAAUGGUCCCUCCCACCUCCCCAGUGACUAUGGGAAGAGGACGGUCACCCCAGGACCCCCAGCUCUGUCUGUCUGUCUGUAGCGUCCCUGUCCUUCCAGGUUCCAGCCCCAAAGCCAUACAAGUGUCCCCAUCGGAUCAUCCUUGCUGGUCCCCGCUGCUGCCCAGGCGGGGCUGGUCUCCGGCUGAGCCAGAGGAGAGAGGAGAUGAGGUUUUGGGCCAAGCCCGCAGCCCAGUGCCGCAACCCCAAGGCUUCGGAUGCUGCCGUGGAAUGUCCCUGUCGCUCGUGUAUAAAAUGUACAUUGGAAAUAUUUAUAUGGACACUCUGUAUAUACCGACCCUUUGCCAUGAGUCGCCCCGUCUGUGUUCUCUGCAGCCAAGGAGAUAACGGCCAAUAAAGCAUCAUCCCACCUCCUGCCCGCACGGCUCCU